AUGGCACUGAAGGUGGUGCUCAGGUCGGCCCUUCUCUGUCGUCCUUGGGAGGCUCUAGGUGCCCUUGAGGCCCCCCGGAGGAGUAUGGUUUCACCUCCGUCCGCUAAGUAUGGUGGGCGGCACACAGUGACUAUGAUCCCCGGGGACGGGACUGGACCAGAGCUCAUGUUUCACGUCAAGACCGUGUUCAGGCACGCCUGUGUGCCUGUGGACUUUGAGGAGGUGCCAGUGAAUUCCAGCACUGACGAAGAGGAUAUCCACAAUGCCAUUAUGUCCAUCCGUCGGAAUGGCGUGGCUCUGAAGGGCAACAUUGACACAAACCAUAAUCUGCCACCAUCCCACAAAUCGCGAAACAACAUCCUUCGCACCAGCCUGGACCUCUAUGCGAAUGUCAUCCACUGUAAGAGCCUGCCGGGAGUGGUGACCCGGCACAAGGACAUAGACAUCAUCGUAGUACGGGAAAACACAGAGGGUGAGUACAGCAGCCUGGAGCAUGAGAGCGUGGCAGGGGUGGUGGAGAGCCUGAAGAUCGUCACCAAGGCCAAAUCCCUGCGCGUUGCCGAAUACGCCUUCCAGCUGGCCCAGGAGAGUGGGCGCAAGAAAGUGACAGCCGUGCACAAGGCCAACAUCAUGAAAUUGGGUGACGGGCUCUUCCUCCAGUGCUGCAGGGAGGUGGCAGCUCGCUACCCCCAGAUCACCUUCGAGAGCAUGAUCGUGGACAACACUACCAUGCAGCUUGUGUACCAGCCCCAGCAGUUUGAUGUCAUGGUGAUGCCCAAUCUCUAUGGCAACAUUGUCAACAACGUCUGCGCAGGGCUGGUUGGGGGCCCAGGUCUAGUGGCUGGGGCCAACUACGGCCAUGUGCACGCAGUUUUUGAGACCGGUACAAGGCACACAGGCAAGAGCAUCGCCAAUAAGAACAUGGCCAACCCCACAGCAAUUCUGCUGGCGAGUUGCUUGAUGCUAGACCACCUCAAGCUCCACUCCUACGCCUCCUCUAUCCGCAAGGCCGUCUUGGCGUCCAUGGUCAAUAAAAACAUGCACACCCCAGACAUUGGGGGCCAGAGCACCACGUCUGAAACCAUCCAGGACAUCAUCUGCCGCAUCCGCGUCAAUAGCAGGGUCAUGGAGACCUAGGUUGUCCCUGGGACCA